AUGGCCUACUGGUUUGUAUGAUUGGGGCUACCACGGCCCACAUUAGUAGUUUUCGCACAGUAGCGCAGCUUCUACAUACUUAUUUGGGAAGAAGGUGCAAAGGAGAGUUUUUUUGUGGCUGUAAAUUACACCGCUGUGUUGCUUUGCCUUUAGGAGCUGCUACCGUGGAUAUCCUGACUGCCAACCAGCCCACGUUGUUCGCCAUGCAG